AAGCUCCCCAUUAAGGCCCUGCCUCACAUUCCUAGGUACCAUUUAGACCCUCCCAUCCCCCUCAAACGCCGUGCCGACUAGUUGUCAAGGAAACAUGGUCGUCCAGUUCUGCGACGAUUGUGGUAACCUUCUGGAUGAAUCAUCCGAUGACACUCUGGAAUGUGGGAUACGUGGAAAGACCGCUAAGAACAUGGCAAUGCAUCAUGCGCAGGUUUCCACAUCGGAGAAAUUCCCUUCCCGGCUCAGGAACAAACUGAAAUCGAACACGCAAGAGGUGACUUAUAAAACUUUCGGGAAGGGUCCCUCCAUUGACAUGGCAUGUGUCAAAUGUCCUUCUUAGGGAGGUGACCUAUGCCCAGGUUCAGUUGCGGAGUGCAGAUGAGGGAAGUACUAUCUUCCAUACCUGUGCUAAAUGUGGACAUAGGUAAGUAGGGGUCUCGCGUGAAUGCGGAAUGCUUGCUAAUUCUGGCCCACCAGAUGGCAGGAGGAUAAUUAAGGCGAUAUUUCCGGAACACCUCUUCUGCCUGAGUAUCAGAAGGCCAUUUCAUCGUCGGCUCAUGACUUUGAUUUCACGAGGAUUUUACGGAUGGCGUGGGACCUAUGCUUUGUCCAAGCCAACCCCUGCAUUCAGUUUCUACAGUCAGGCCUAGUAUGGAACGAGACAUCAAUAUCAUUUCCAGAUAAC